GUUUUCGCUCACUUACUUGCAGUGCAAAAUUUCACAUUUCGGCUAGGAUCUUCAUUUUGCAAUGUAGAAAAUACGUGGAAGGAACGGAACCAGAAUCUUUCUAUAAUUUUUCGACCGUCGCACCAAAAGACAAAGCUUGUUUACUGUUUGUGAAUGCAAGAACCCUACGACAACAACUCCGGCCACGCCACGGUCGUGAGAACAAGUAUCAAAGUCAAUCCAUUGCGUUUUCAUUUUAACUUAUACAGCCACAAGAAGUACGAGUACUAGCACUCGUGGCACUAAACGCAAGUUCUGAAGACGGCGUAAAGUAAAACUUUAUGUCGAGAUGGAGAUCGUAAUCGGAUCAUGCUUGAGCUCGAAAGCAUCAGCUAAUUUUAAAAAAACAAAUCAUCUUUUUUGUCCUAACCCCGAAGGGAGUCUAAAGAAGCGUCGAGAUGUCCAUGCCCCCAUGAGAUAUCAGAAAAAUGAAGACUCAACACUAUAAAGCCCUUUUGCAUCUGUUCUGUUGUAUCUUUCAAUUGUGGCAUGUAAAUCUUUUUUUAUUUUUUUGCUCCGCGUUUUUUUGUAUCCCAAGAAUGUAAUAAAAAUAAGUAUAGCAUGGAAGCUUAAAUUUUAAAGUAUUUUGUACCUGGAAGUAGGGCCUCGUAUCAUAUGUAUCUACUCUCUCCGUUCAUUGAGUACGUAGUUGGUGAAAAAAGCAUCAGGGACGUUCGCUGCAAAGCGCUCCGACCUUUUUUCGCGGUUUGAUCACAACUACUGGUACUGAUUUUUGUUGGCAUUUGAUUAUCUAAAGAGCUUUUUGAAAAAACGAGAACGACCGACAUUGUUUGAAAUCAGCAGCGCCAGCCCACAUUUACGGAAAGCAGCAAUACGAGGGUGCACCAAGCACGCACGUACAGUUGUGCCGUCCUGGUGGUGGAAGGGACGCCCGCUACAAAGCGCUCUGACUUUUUUGAGCUGUCUGAUAUCAAUCCGCGUGCGGCAACUACUGUUAUUGUUAAGAACUAUUGGCAUUUUAUUACUUAAAGAGCUUGUUUGUCUAAAAAAUAAAAAAGAAGGAGAACGACAGCGAUCUACAGCAUUUUUGGAAAUCAGCAGCGCGGGGCCACAUUUACGGAAAUCAGCAGUACGAGGGUGGUGCACCAAGCACGCACGUACAGCUGUGCUGUUCUUGUGGAGAAACGUCCUGAAGUUGUAAACACAAAUAACGAGGUCGAGGACUAUGAACCACUCUUGAAGCAU